AUGCAGGAACAAUUCGAGCCGCUAAAGAACGACCUGUUGCUGAGGGCCGCGCGGGGUGAGAAGGUGGAGCGUCCGCCGAUAUGGGUUAUGCGACAGGGUGAGCUCGACCCCACGUCCGAGGCUGCCAUCGUGCACGAGAACCCAACCAAUCUGACUGUUUUUAUGCAAUUAUUUCUAGCCGGUCGCUACCUCCCCGAGUAUCACGAGGCCAAGGCCAACCGUGACUUCUUUGAGUGCUGCCGCUCGCCGGAGAUCGCCUCGACCCUGACCCUCCAGCCGAUUGACCGCUACGAGGGCCUGAUCGAUGCGGCCAUUAUUUUCUCCGAUAUCCUGGUCAUCCCGCAGGCCAUGGGCAUGGUGGUGGAAAUGGUGGACAAGAAGGGCCCGCACUUCCCUGAGCCUCUCAAGUCGCCAACAGACGGACAGUACGAGAAGGUCAUGGCUAAGACGGUGGACGUGAAGGCGGAACUUGACUAUGUCUACAAGGCAAUUUCGCUCACACGCUUCAAGCUGAAGGGCCGUGUACCACUCAUCGGGUUCUGUGGCGCGCCGUGGACGCUGCUGUGCUACAUGGUCGAGGGCGGCGGCAGCAAGAUGUUCAUUCAGUCUAAGACCUGGGUCUACAAGUACCCGACCGAGUCGCAGGCACUGCUGCAAAAGAUUGCUGAGAUCUGUGUGGAGUACCUGGCGCUCCAGGUUGCGGCCGGCGCGCAGCUGGUGCAGGUGUUUGACUCGUGGGCCGGCGAGCUGUCGCCCGCUUCGUUCGCCUCCUUCUCGCUGCCUUACCUGCGUCACAUUUCCGCCAACCUGCCCAAGCGAUUGAAGGAGAUGGGCUUGGAGCCUGUCCCAAUGACCGUUUUUGCCAAGGGUGCCUGGUACGCCCUGGACGACCUUUGCGAGUCUGGGUACAAUGUUGUCGGUCUUGACUGGCUACACGACCCUGCCGAGGCCUUCCGGAUCGCCAACGGCCGGGUAACCAUCCAGGGUAAUGCCGAUCCCGGUAUGCUCUACGGUGGCCGUCCUGCCAUUACUGCUACGGUGGAGCGGAUGGUUGAGGGAUUCCAGAAGGGCAAGCAGGGCUGGAUUUGCAACCUCGGACACGGUGUCACUCCAUUCGUGGACCCCGAGCACCUCAAGUUCUUCUUUGAGGAAAUUCACCGUCUAACGAAAUAG